AUGUACAACAUAGUGUACAGAGGCAUCAGCCAGGACUAUGUAAUGUACAACAUAGUGUACAGAGGCAUCAGCCAGGACUAUGUAAUGUACAACAUAGUGUACAGAGGCAUCAGCCAGGACUAUGUAAUGUACAACAUAGUGUACAGAGGCAUCAGCCAGGACUAUGUAAUGUACAACAUAGUGUACAGAGGCAUCAGCCAGGACUAUGUAAUGUACAACAUAGUGUACAGAGGCAUCAGCCAGGACUAUGUAAUAUCAACGGUUGUCUCCUCCAAGAUGUCUCCUUCAAAGAUGGGAACACAUCUUCCUUUAUUUUAUAUCUUCUUCAUCUUUAUCGCAGCCACCGCCGCAUCGAACAUAGAGACGCAGGAGCAGGAAACCUUCGAAGGAGACGUCUUCCCCGUGAAAGUGACGAGAUACAAGAUUAUGACUGCGCAGUAUGAAUGCUACCAGAAGAUCCUCCAUGACAAGUCCCCGGGAAAGGAAGGUCAGGUCUGUAACAGGACGUGGGACGGCUGGUUGUGUUGGGCCGAUGUGGCUGUCGGAGAAAUCUCGGAGCAGCGAUGUCCCGAUUAUUUCCAGGACUUCGAUCCCACCGAGAAAGUCACCAAAGAAUGCGACGAAAAGGGGAACUGGUUUCGGCACCCUGAAAGUAACAGGACGUGGAGCAACUAUACCCGCUGCAACAAACACACUCUCAUCAAAGUAAAGACCGCACUCAAUCUGUAUUAUUUGACGAUUAUUGGACAAGGAUUGUCGAUUGCCUCGCUGUUAAUAUCAUUGGCAAUCUUUUUUUAUUUCAAAAAUUUGAGCUGCCAGAGAAUCACUCUUCACAAAAAUCUUUUCGUGUCCUUCGUUUGCAAUUCCAUUGUUACCAUCAUUUCGCUGACAGCUGUGGCCAACAAUCAGACUUUAGUUGCAACCAACCCGGUGAGCUGCAAGAUCUCCCAGUUCAUCCACUUUUAUCUGAUGGGAUGCAACUACUUCUGGAUGCUGUGUGAAGGAAUCUAUCUCCAUACGCUCAUAGUGGUGGCCGUGUUUGCCGAGAAGCAGCACUUGAUUUGGUAUUACUUACUAGGAUGGGGGUUCCCUCUGAUUCCGGCAUGCAUACACGCAGUGGCCAGAACCUUGUAUUAUAACGACAACUGCUGGAUAAGUUCCGACACCCACUUGCUCUAUAUCAUCCACGGGCCCAUUUGUGCCGCUUUGUUGGUGAACCUCUUCUUUCUGCUGAACAUUGUCCGCGUUUUAAUCACCAAACUGAAAGUGACACACCAGGCCGAAUCCAACCUGUACAUGAAAGCCGUGCGGGCCACGCUCAUCCUCGUGCCUCUUCUUGGGAUCCAGUUUGUACUGUUGCCAUGGAGACCGGAGGGACACAUUGCGGAGGAAAUAUACGACUACGUUAUGCACAUUCUCAUGAAUUACCAGGGAUUACUGGUGGCUACAAUAUUUUGUUUCUUCAAUGGCGAGGUUCAAGGUGUUCUGAAAAGACAUUGGAACCAGUACAAGAUCCAGUUCGGAAAUAGCUUUGCCCACUCCGAGGGCCUCCGAUCGGCGUCCUACACCAUAUCCUCCAUUAGCGAGGCGCAGGGCACCACGUAUACCCACGACUACAACAGCGAGCACACAAACGGGAAGAACUGCCAUGACAUGGAGAACAUAUCCUUCAAACCUGAGAAGCCCUACAUGUGAAUGGCGAGUUACCGCUCCGAGACUGUGCGCCCGUGUGCCGAGGAGAACCACUGCCAAUGCCUACUACUCAUGUUAUGUUUGUUUCAGUACGUAUUUCUAUAUUUAUAGUAAGUUUGUAAACUGCAUUAUGGUUUUUGUUUUGCACUUGUAUAGAAGACAACUUCUACCCGGCCAGGAGAAU